AACCACAUCAACACAACACACAAAAGGUUUCUGCAAACUUCAUUUCAUUCCAACACGACAACAUAAUCUCGUCUCGUCCAAACCACAAAAAAAAGAGAAAAAAAUGUCUCCAUGGGUUGUUGCCUUGGCUACAAUGGCAGCAGCCACCAUAGUAUACCGUCUAAUAAAGUUCAUAACACGUCCUUCGCUGCCACUCCCUCCGGGGCCCAAACCGUGGCCCAUACUGGGAAACUUUCCCCACAUGGGCCAGGUGCCGCACCAAUCUCUUGCGACACUGGCCCGUGUGCAUGGGCCACUCAUGCAUCUCUGCCUCGGAUUCGUCGACGUGAUUGUAGUCGCGUCGUCGUCCGUGGCAGAACAAUUUUUGAAGAUUCAUGACUCUAACUUCAGUAACCGGCCUCCGAAUGCCGGCGCGAAGUACAUAGCUUACAACUACCAGGACAUGGUGUUCGCGCCGUACGGCCCACGGUGGCGGUUGCUCCGGAAAAUCACCUCCGUUCACCUGUUCUCCGGCAGGGCCAUGGAAGAGUUUAGACACUUGCGUGAGGAAGAGGUAGGAAGAUUGACACGUAACUUGGCGAGUUCGGACUCAAAAGCAGUGAACUUGGGGCAGUUGUUGAACGUGUGCACUACGAAUGCAUUGGGUAGGGUAGUGAUUGGUCGAAGAGUGUUCGAUGAUGGCAAUGGUGGGUGUGAUCAUAGGGCUGAUGAGUUUAAAGCCAUGGUGGUGGAGUUGAUGGUGCUAGCUGGUGUUUUCAACAUUGGUGACUUCAUUCCCUCUUUGGAGUGGCUUGACCUUCAAGGGGUGCAAGCCAAGAUGAAGAAAUUGCACAAAAGGUUUGAUGCAUUUUUAACUAGCAUUGUUGAGGAGCACAAGAGUUCUUCUUCCAAGAGUGAGAAGCAUAAGGAUUUGUUGAGUACUUUGUUGUCACUUAGGAAUGUACCCGAUGAUGAUGGCAACCAACUAACUGAUACAGAGAUCAAAGCACUACUUCUGAACAUGUUUACGGCUGGGACUGACACGUCAUCAAGCACCACAGAAUGGGCCAUCGCGGAACUGAUCCGGAACCCGAGAAUUCUGGCCCAAGUCCAACAAGAGAUGGACAGAGUUGUGGGCCGAGAAAGGAACGUGAAAGAAGAGGACUUGGCCCACCUCCCAUACCUACAAGCUGUGAUUAAAGAAACCUUCAGGCUCCACCCAUCAACCCCUCUUUCUCUGCCACGUGUCGCAUCCGAGAGCUGCGAGAUUUUCGGGUACCACAUUCCCAAGGGCGCCACUGUCUUGGUGAACGUUUGGGCCAUAGCGCGCGACCCAAAGGAGUGGGCCGACCCACUUGAGUUCAGGCCCGAAAGGUUCCUACCGGGCGGUGAGAAGCCCGAUGUUGAUGUUAGAGGCAAUGACUUUGAGGUGAUACCCUUCGGCGCUGGACGAAGGAUUUGUGCUGGAUUGAGUCUUGGGCUUCGAAUGGUCCAGCUUCUAACCGCAACCUUGGCCCAUUCCUUCGAUUGGGAACUGGAAAAUGGGCUGAACCCAGAAAAGCUGAAUAUGGAUGAAGCGUAUGGGCUAACUCUACAACGGGCUGUGCCUCUUUUGGUGCACCCCAGGCCCAGGCUCGCUCCACAGGCCUACUCGACGUCUUAGUUUCGAAGUUGUGCAUUUUGGAGUUUUUUUUCUUAGUAUUGUUGUACUUUCCUUUUCUUAACGAGGAUCUUGGUAAUAAUAAAUUAAAUAUCUUCAUAUAUGGUGAUGACUGAAGAAGUAUAUUAGUGUUUGAAGAUCCAAAAAGGGGGAAAGGUGUGAUAUUAAAUUGUUUUCGGUGUCUAUGAAACUCACUUGUAUAUGUAAUUAUGUAUGAAUAUAUGCUUUAAUAA